AAUACACAGAUUCCUCAAGGACAAGUUGAUUUACUACCUGCCAAUUUCUUUGUCAACAAUUUAUUAUCUGUGGUUGCUCUUCACGAAGAAUCGGAAAACAGAAAACUUGAGUGUGAUAUCUGUGACAGUGGAGACCCACCUGCUAACAGAUGUACAACUUGCUCCUAUUUUCUAUGUGCGUUUUGCACUCAAGCUCAUCAACGAGCACGAAACACCAGGUCACACAAUCUGGUCUCUGUAGAAGGGUCUGCAGCUGUAACAAAGUCAGCGGUUUGUAAAGAACAUGAUGGAGAAGUGAUAAAACUGUUUUGUAAUACAUGUGAGGAAGCUAUCUGUAGAGACUGCACCAUCGUGGAGCAUCGUGAUCACAAGUAUACAUUCGUGAAGGAUGCAUUCUCAAAGGGCAAAGAAAGCUUGCUGAAGGCUCUGGCUGAUACAAAGGAAAAAGCAGAUGUUCUUGAAAAGGCUGUGAAAGGUGUUUUGGAGAUGAAGAGAAGUGUACACUCUUGUGCCAAUCAGACCAAACAAGAAGUUGUUGAGUGUUGUGAUGAACUGACAGAUUGCAUUGCUGCUCGCAAAACAUAUCUGGUUGAUAGAGUAGAAGAAUUCAAAAAAGCAAAAUUGAAAUCUCUGGAUGUUCAGCAGGAACAGCUAGAAAAAGCUCUAGCAAGUGUACAGAGCAGUGUGCAAUUCACUGAAAAAGCAGUUGAAAACGGCAGUGAGGUGGAGAUCCUAAACACACGUAAGCAAAUAUUUAGUCAAUUACAAGAUUUAAAAUUGGCCAAAUGGCAGCUGGAACCAUGUGUUAAUGAAUCUCUAAGCUUUACAGGUAAUGGCCAUUUGAAGGAGGACAUUUCAACCUUUGGUAUUGUUAGUGACGUGGUAACUGAUGCUGGCAUGUCAACUGUAACCAUGGAAAAUGGACCAGAGGGUGUCAUGUACAGUUCACUAUGUGGACAGCCAGUAAAAUUCCGUAUCAUUGCAAAGGAAAGCAAUGGUAGGAGGCGGAAAGAAGGUGGAGAUAUCUUCAAAGCUUUUGUGAACACUGCUAAUCCACUUAGGUCUCAAGUGAAACAGAUUCCAGUGAAGGAUUGUGGAAACGGUACCUACAGUUUCUGCCACACUCCAAUGGAAACUGGCUUUUUUGAGUUGUCUGUGCAGCUUAAGGGCUCUCAUAUUCGAGAAAGCCCAUUUCAGUGGUCCGUCAGGGAUCAAAACAGUUUAGGUGAAUUAAUUCUAUGUGCCAAAAAACUUACUGCUAAGUACAGCUACAAAGGAGAUGGUGAUUAUGUUGAUGAUGAUGAUGAUGUUAAUGAUGAUGAUGAUGGUGAAAAUGGUGAUGAUGAUGGUGAAAAUGGUGAUGAUGAUGGUGAUGAUGAUGGUGAAGAUGGUGUGGAUGAUGAUGAUGAGGGUGAUAAUGACGAUGAGGAGGAGGAUGAUGAUGGCGGUGAUGAUGAUGGUGAAGAUGGUGAUGAUGAUGAUGGUGAGGGUGAUUAUGAUGAUGAGGAGGAUGAUGAUGAUGGUGGUGAAGAUGAUGAUGAUGGUGAAGAUUGUUAUGUUGAUGGAGAAGAUGAAGAUGAUGAUGAUGAUGAUGAUGACUGGGAAGAUGUUGAUGAUGAUGGUGAAGAUGUUGAUGAUGAUGGUGAAGAUGAUGAUGAUGAUGGUGAAGAUUAUUAUGUUGAAGGAGAUUAUGAUGAGUGAUGGUGAUGAUAAUGAUUAUACUGAUAAAUGGUUUGGACACAAAGAUACUUUGAGUUACUGAUGACAAAUUAUAAAUACUUGUAGAAAUAUGGCCCUUAUGUGUGUUUACAUCGGACAAGAAAAUUUCAUCACUAUUAAGCCUCAUUUAUGAUUUCUUUGCACUUGCACUCUUUAUGCAUAUGUUAAUGAGUAUUUUUUUUCAAAACAACUAUUUUGACAAUUCAUCUAUGUAAAACUUCCCAAAAUAAAAUUUUAGAGGGCUUGGUGUUGAAAUUUGCUCAUCUGACAUAAACAUGCAAAAGGGCUACAUGCAGUCAAGUUCUUGACUAUAAUAAUUAUGCUUGGAGGUAUUUUUAAAAAUUAUACCCAGAAAAGCUAAAAGUUAGCAAAUUUUAUGGUAAGGUAUUCCAUCCACAGUCACCAUUAUAAGUCAAUUCCUUUUUUGCAUUUCAUGGCUUUUUUAUGAAUUUUAGGUCUCUGAUGUUAUGUGAUGGGCAGGAUAACCAAACCACCUCAGAUGAUUGGCUUACCAUGGUAGAAAAUUUGUGUUGCUGGGAAAAAACUGUUAAGAUGUUUUGUGGUGUGGACUCCAUUUAUUAAUUUAACAUUACGUUUGUGGUUUUGCAUCGACUGUUCUCCCCUCCCAGGGGUGGGGGGAUACUCCCUAUAAUGGCCUAUACGGGGGGGCCCCGCCCGAAAGGGGUACCUUUUUCAGGCUUCAGGUAUAUGAAAGGGUAGGGAUUUUAUUCCUUGAAGUAUACGAAAGGGUAGGCAAAUCCGUCAUUUGUUACUGUGGAAGGGCCUAAAAGGGCUAAAAGAUGUACUUAGUGCCUUUAAAGUUGAGAAAACGUUCUACUUCUGCGAUUGAUGCCUAUUUAAAUGACAGUGCAUUUACAGCAGUUAAAAGGAAUGCAAAGUUCUAAACGAGCGAUGUGAAAGGGGUACCAUUUGCAAUAGAUGGUAUAGGAAAGGGGUGCCUUUUUGGUUAAAAAUGGUAUAUAAAAGGGUAAGGGAUUGGACCUUGGGGCGGAACCUCCCCGUAAGACAAUUUGUUGAGGGAAAACGAAUGCAAUGAACACUGAAAACAUAUGCACUGAACACUUCCACAGAUGUAGGUAGCAAUAAUUUUCAUUGAUUUUUAAAAGGCUUUUGCAAGCAUAGGUCAACAUUUAAUAGCUCUUAUCAAAGGUCAGCAAUAACAAACAAAAUGUGCAAAUGGCUAACAAAAACAGUUUAUGAGUGUAAAGAAAUGAAUAUGUAUAUACAUGGUUAAAAAAAUCUAUACAGGGUAGCUAUAGUUUUUGUCUUUGGCUCUGUUUAUAUGUAGAAAUGUUUUACUGGGUAGAAGGGUCACCUGCUUACGCAAGCUACCCUGGACGAGCAAACACCUGGUGAACCGUUUUUAUGAGAAACAAAAGUUGGCUUGGCUAGGCAACCCUUCAUUGAUGGUAGGGUCGUCCUCUUAGCCAGGCCAACUUUCGGCCAUAUAAACACUUUGGUUUGCCCAGCCGGUUCGACUCAGAACAUGAGGUGACGCAAUCAGAGCAUGCAUGAGUGAUGUUUUAGACAGUCAGAGCAUGCACGAGCAUUGUUGCCUCUGGCUAAGCUAAAAGGGUCAACUUUUUCUCACAUAAUUAAAUGCUCGCUAAAGUUGACUCGGUUGGGAGGGUGUCCCUCAUGUAAACAGGGCCUUAGAUUUCAACAAGUCACACCAUACUGUAAGUGAGAGUGUGACAGUAAAAGCUAAAAGCUUUUUUUGUAGAGUUUACUUGCUACUAAAGUAACGUGAGAUUUCAUUGCCAAAUAAUGAAACUGGUUGUUAUUUAAUAAGAUGUGUUUAUAUGGUAAAAAGAUAAAAAGGGUAGUAGUGCAUGAAUGUUAAAGUCAAAGAGCAUUUCACAAGGACAUAAGCAAUAUUUGAAAAAAGGACUUUUAGUGUACUGCCUUUUGUAAGUCACCCAAGAUUGUAGAUUGAAUUCUAGACUAGUAGAUUGUAACCAAGGCAACUUCCUUGCUUACCUCUUUUCUAAGUACAGGCGUCAUCAAUAUUUAUCCACUGGACCCUUGAUAAACCGAAGGGCCAAUGGACUGCAAAAUAUGUUUGCUAUAACAAAGUUUAUUAAAUCGAAGUUCUUUUCCAUAUAUUUUUAUAUUAGUGAGCGGUAAAGAACAAUGGUUCAUCAUAGCACAUACUUGUUAUGUAGAAGUUCGUUAUAUUUUUUGUCCUGGUGAAAUGAUGUAAAUUUCCUUUCUCUAAAUAGCCCUGAAUAUUCUUAGUUACUGUUCCUGUGCAUCAGUUAUAAGACAAUAUUCAUCAGUCCAGUAAAACUAAUGCAUUGCCAAAACUGAAGAUCAGCUCGUAAAGCUGUAGCAACAUGUACAAACGAAGCUUGAUUUUAUAAGGUGAUGCAAAUUCUAUGUCGAGGUACUGGGGUAUGUCGGUUAGAUGUAUCACUUAAUCUCCAAUUGCCCUAAUUGUUCUAUUUCAGAUCAAACUGUUAGUUUUUCUACCUAUGACAGUGAACCAAAACUCAAUACCCCAUAAACACUGACAAUAUGUUACAGUACAUAGAUUGUUUUAAAUAAAUGAUCACAGGAACUUUGUUUGUGUUAACAUUGGAAUGGGGCUGGUAUCCAAUCCUAAUUCGGUUUAAUCCAGUGAUGUUCUCUACCUGACUAUUAGCGAUCACUACUUAGUCUUUGCCGUCUUGAAUCUGAGAGCACCUAGACAAGCUACCAAUUAUAUCACAACACGAAGUUUCUGGAAGUACAAUGCUGACCAAUUUGCAAAUGAUAUAGCGCAUAUCCCAUGGGAUACGAUUGACUUGAUGGAUUCUGUAGAUGAAAAGUUGGACGCGUUUAAUGACUUAUUCUCAACCUGUUUGAAUGCUCAUGCUCCUGUGAAAACAGUAAAGCUAAAACGCCAGCCGAAUCCAUUCAUCACUGACCAUAUCAAUGAUCUCAUGAAGACAAGGGACUCUACGCACAGGAAAGCGCGGAGGACUGGGUCGGUAAAUGACUGGCAGGUUUUCAGAAGGUUUUCAGAGACCUGAAAAAGGAAGUAAAAUCUGUUCUACGGAAGGCAGCAAAAGAAUAUUUCAAUGAGCAAAUCUGCGCAAAUAAGAACAAUACCGGCACAAUUUGGAAAACUAUUCGGCGCGCACCACCUGAGAAAUCGAGUUGCACCACGCAUUACACUAAGGAUCCCAGUAUUCUCGCUAAUGAAUUCAACCAUUUUUUUAUAUCUGUUGGAGUAAAUGCAGCUGGUAAAUCCGCUGAGCUGGCCCGGUCACUUGGGCUCACUGAUUACUUCCCCUCUUGUAGCAAUAAUUCACCGAAGUCUGGUGAAGGCUUGUUCGAUCCUAAAAAACUGUGUCCUCUUCUGAAGCCCGCGAGGUUUUAACUGUUAUACCGUCCAACAAGGCCCCCGGCUAUGAUAGAAUUCCACUGUUCGUCAUCAAGGACCGCCUCCCUUACAUACUUCCGACUUAAACUAGACUAAUCAACUCCUCGUUUGCCUGUUCUGAAUUCCCUAGGCCUUGGAAAAAGUCUGUGAUUGUACCCCACCUAAAAGACGGUGAUCAUGAGGUCCCCAAUAACAACCGGCCGAUCUCGUUGCUUCAUGUCCUUUCUAAAGUGGCUGAGAGUUACUGAUCAUAUCUUCAGGGCUGUAGACCAACAGCAAUUGACAGCUAUGGUCCUAAAUUAUAGACCUCAGCAAGGCCUUCGACGGUAUUUGCCACAGUACACUUCUCAAACUACGCAGCCUAGGCACAUCAAGUUAGGCUGUGAAAUGGUUCAAGAGUUACCUCACGGACCGCAAGCAGUCUACUCGAUUAGGCACCUCUCUAUCUGAUGAGCUUACGAUAACACAUGGCGUGCCUCAAGGCUCCAUCUUAGGUUAUUGUUCAACUUAUAUACAAAUGAUCUACCCUCCGCAGUAAAGUCCAGCUGUACCGACUCCUACGUUGAUGAUACUAAGAUCUACUGCUCCUUUUCGGCUAAAAACAUGAAUUCUUGCCUUGUAAAAAUGACGGAAGACCUAUGUCUCAUUUGUUGGUGGUGUUGCUCACACCAAUUACUGAUAAAUCCAAGCAAAAGCAAUUGUACGCGCAUAGUUUAGGCUUUUAGUUUUGUACCAAGAUUGUAAUUAAUUUAAGCUUUUUCUUCUUAUCCCCUUCUCUUUAGCAUUUGUAAAUUAACUUCAGAAUAGUCUUUUGGGAGAGUUAAUAAAAAUUAUUGUAUUGUAUUGUAUUGCUUCAAAUUGCCUAAAAGAUGAAAUAAUAUUGCACACCCCCAUUCCAGGCCAGGGAGUACAAAGUGCAUCCUUUGGUGUCUUAUUGAUUUUUCUGUCACUCUAGCCUGGAGACAUGACUUACAAAGCACCUUUUCUGAGUUGGGAGUUGCGUUGCGAACUGAAAGGUCACUUUACUGUAAGGUUUUGUUGAAAAGUUUAUAUAGUUAACAACAAUGGUAAUCUUGCUUACUUAGCCAAAAUUUCGUCUUUUCGAAUAGUCCAUUUUUUUUACUAAUUAAUCUUUUUCCGGUCAUUAUCUUGUUGAAGUUUGUCUCUCACAGCCCUCACAAAACUUCCAUCUUCUAAGUAAACAUGUAUGCAGGCUUAUACCUGUGGCUGCCAUCUUCAUAUUUCAAUGCAGGAUUAGGGUUAGCUAGUGUUGUGACUGCUACCCAGUGAUGUAUAGCCCUUCAUCAUAGAGGCUACAGUAAGGGACAUCACAUUCCCUGAUAAAUGAUCAAACAUCGGCAUGAUGCCAAUCCAGAAUUGGAUUCACUCUCAUGUAGUGAGGUCAGUCUGGACAUAGUUAAUUGAGUGGAAUGGUUAUGAAACCCGUCAGACUCCUUUGUUAUAUGUUUUUGUGGACCUGAAAGUGCACAACGUUCAAAAGAAUUCCUAUCAUUUUGAUUGUAUUGACCAAUAAAAACGUUGCAUUAAUUUAUUCCGUAACAAUUUGCCAACAGAAAACAAAGGAUUGUGCACUUUCACGGUGCUUUGAACAUAAACUGCAGCACUGUUGUUUUUAUCACUGAUGUUUGCCGCUUUUCACAACCAGUCGUCUAUAAUAACUAUGGUCUGGAUCAGUUGGAGAAAAUGUACGAAGUGCAUCAGAAAAGGGGUCAUAUGUCCUUGUGCCCAACAAAAUCGCCUUGAUUGAGGGUUGGGUUUCUUUCAAUGUUUCCACAGCAUCUUUAAUGUUCCCAUUCAUAGUAAUCAGAUUCAAAUUGUACCUCUUAGUAGUUUCAGAGACAAAUGCUUCCGCUUGUGGAAGUGGAGAGUUGUAGCGGAUGUAGAGAGCUCCGAGCUGUUGAUCUGGUGAGACAUGUUUACUCAGUGCAGCGCGUAGAAUGAGUAACAGAACUGUACAGUCUUUGCCACAAUUAAAGCUGAUAUCGAGCCUAGAAAAACGCUAGCCUAAGGGUACGUACAAAGGGCUUUUUUGGCUAUCGUAAGCGUAUAAAUUACAAAAUAUUUACUGACAAGCGUAUAAAAGCAUGUGAUUUUGUAAGCGUUUAUGAAGCAAAGUAGGCAGACAAAAGACUUUAAGUAAGAAAUUAAUAGAAAAAGAUGAGGCUUUUUAAGAAUAGCAGGUUUAUUUAGAGUAAGGAAUGAAAAAAAAAAUGCCUUUUUGUGAAUAUUCACUUGCCUCCCGUCUUCCCGUGACGUUUCGUGGUAUAGUCGAACCUCCAUGUGCGGCCACCUCUCUCCGCCGUGAGCGACCAUCUCCCAUAAGCAACUGCCAAUCCAAAACACCAAAAUUUUCCCAGUCAAAGAGUUAAAGUUGGAACCUCUAGUAAACAACCACCUCCUGUAAGCGACCGCGACCACUUUUUGGGCCUGACGGUUGAUGAUUUUACGGCAUUUUUUUUAAACUUCUUGUAAGCGACUACUUGAUGCAUUCUCUGAUCUCUUUGUUUGCUGUGUGCAUUAUGCUACUAAGAAUAUACGAAGAGCUUUAAACUGACAACAUGGAACUACACAUGGCGAAACUUAGACAUUGCAUGCAAUAAAUAAUUAUCUUACAUAAAGUACAUGUGCCUGAACUUCUUCUCGGAAGAGUUCCGCUGUGGUAAGAUUCUUGUAAGCCACCACCUACCGUAAGCGACCACUCAGUCUUUGCAUUUUGCGAGGUCACUUACGGGAGAUUCGACUGUAUUUGCUGUGAGGGAAGAACACAGUAUGUGACUGAUUCAGCUACAGGGUGUGUCAAGCUUGUAACUCCUUUGGAUGGUACGGUUUAGUUCCUAACACAUUUUGGGGAAUUGUUCCGUAACUUUGGAAUUCAUUUGCAAGGCCAGACCGGUAUAGAUUCAGCACCCUUGUAGAUGCGUAAACCCCAGGGUGUUACAAGGUUCCUUAAAAGAUGUGUCUCAGAUGUAAAAUUGCAGAUUGGCUCAGAAAGAAUCACAAAUGGACUAGAGGGCAAAGUAGUUCAACCAGACCAUGCAAUCUUGUGAGCUUAUGUUGAAAAGCGUUACCCGUCUUCUAAAAACAUCAGAGUUCAUGAGCCCAGAUGCUAGAAACGCGAUCAUGCUUCAGUCUCUGUUGACUUUGCUUGUAGGGAACCUUCACACAACCACGAAGAUGAAACACCCAGCACCAAGUGUGCAAGACUACUGCCGAGAUUUUGGAAAGACAAUGAGAGAAUCUAUUAAGUGAAUAUCAAAUACUUCACCUAUCGGAAAUCCUAUAUUAAUUCUUUCCAGAGCUCGCAAUUGAUCUUUCUGCUACUGGAAAAUUAAAUCCGAUUCCAGUAGUGCCCAUGAACAAGACGAACCUUGCAAAGAUGGAGGAACGGGCCAGUAAACAUGGGCAGUGUGUUCGACAGCUUACUGUUAGGCAGCAAACAAACCAAUUUUCAGCUGGUACAUUGCCCAUGUCAGCCUAUGGGCUAUAAACCUACCACAAGACUUGGCCUCUCAACAGCGAUCUGGAAGAAGAAGUCAUUGAAAGAGAAGAAGCAAAUCGAAGGAAGGAGUCAUGAAUUAAGUAAGCUCGGACGUCAGCAUACAAAGGCGCCACUUGCAGCCGCUCUCAGUCCAUUUAUGAGCGUACUGUACCCACCCAACACACGAUGUGACUGAUGUGUAAAGGUUGGCCACACCAUGCACCGGGGUCUACGUCCCCUACAGUUUUCGAAAAGUGGUGUGGGUUCUUUUACGUCCCACAAGAACCAAAUAUUAAAGUGAAAUUGCUGUGAGACGGGACCCAAGGUUUUUUGUCCUUAUCCGAGAAGACUAGAAAGUCUAUUAAACCGUUUGUAGAUGUCAUUACGAAGGCAGCACUCUCUUCUCAGUUAUUUAUUGACCCUGAGUGUUGGUCUGGCCGGGGUUCGAACGCGACCACCUGCAUUUCAGACAUUUAAUAGUUCGAGUCGGUCAAGCGACUCGAAGUAAUGUUCGAAAUUUAGCCUAGAAAAACGCGAAAUUAAAGGGCGCUUUCCAUUGAACCAAAACUUUCGACAAUUUGGAAACGGCGGUAAAUGGUACAAAAAUUUCCACGAAAAGUUUCCAGAAAUCCCGGAAACUGUUGAAUUUCCGAAUGCGAACCAUUCAACCGAAAGUAGUAGAUUUUGCGGGGGCAAAGUUGAAUGGAGAGAAAACGUCCGGGAAAAAAAUUUUCCAAAAAUUGUUCGGGUAUUUUUUUUUUUGCCCAUUUUUAGACCUGGUCUCGGUCUCUAAAAUUCAUUAGCGCGAUGUACAUUUCACUUAGAAUAUAACGUUGGAUAAUAGAUUUGGUUAUUAUUCGCGAAUAUAGCUGAGUCACCUCUCUUCCCUAAAUACAGCCUUUUUUGCAUCGCGGAAUACGGCGAAUCUUUGCUGACGUCAUUGUUUACAUUUUUCCUCAUUAGUAUACGACUUAACUCAUAGAAGCCGUGGCCGUACAUAUGAUCUAAAUGCAAAAGUUGAAAGAGCUGAUUGAGUUUAGCUAUUUGUGCAAUUUUCAGCUCUUUGCAAACAAUAUUGAAGGAAAUAUCCACCAUCAAAAACUGCAAAAUUGCUGUGUGGCAAAAAAGUUAAUGAGCCAUACAUUCUCUGUAAAAUUUCGAGUUUUUAGAAGAGAAUUUCUCCGAAACCAUUAGGUGUAUUAGGCUCAAAUUUGUUUGUGAGACAAUGAGCUGAAACUACUGUUUUAUAAGUCUUUUAUGCUAGUCCGCUAUCCGUUUCUCUCAGUUUUACCUUUCUAAAGCUGUUUUAAUAAACCCAGUCCGCAGUUCGCGUUUGGAGCUUAAGCAACGACGACGGUGAAGGCAACUAACGAGAACGGCAAAAAAGCAGUAGGUUUAGAUUGGGAAAACAACAACUUUGCACGCGUGCAUCACGCUUUUUUGUACAUGUCUUUGCCGUCACUGCACGACCACAACGUGAAAGCUGCCUAAUUUCACGUUGUGUCGAGGACGUGAAUUUCUUUUUCUUUUCCUGAAUUUUGAUACAAUAGGGCCAUUUAUACGAGGAAAAAUAAGACGCGUCUUACAUAAGACGCGCACUUUCCGUAUAAACGGCACAUUUCGUCUAAAAUAAGACGCGGCUUAGCUAAGACGCGUCUUAUUAGAUAAGACAUGCUCGUAUAAAUGGUACAGUUAAUCAGUGAAAGGUUCCGGCAAUUCUGCUUUUUUACAAAAAGAUCAACUCUGCUACUUGAAAAAAGCAGAAAAAUUAACUAUCUGCAUUUAUUUUUCAUAGAACAACAUGCAAAAUUGUUACCGUUUUUGUUAAUGCUAGUCGAUCAGGUGAAAAGUUACAAAAAGGUACCUUUUUAGAAAAAAAAGGCGGGUAUUUUAAGCUUUCGGGUGGAAAUAUUUUAACGUCAAUAUUGUCCACUUUUCAUUCAUUUCUCACUUUACCAAACAAAACUUUAAAGCGCGAAAAAAGGUACCUUUUUUUCAGUUUGAAGCGGUCUCUUCAAAAGCGCGAAAAAUGUACCUUUUUUGCGGUUACGAAACGUUCCUAUCAAAAGAGCAAAAAAGGUACCUUUUUUGCGGUUGAAAGCGAUGUUCUCAUAAGUGCGAAAAAGGUACCUUUAAAAAUAAAUGACGUUUCAAUUAAAAUCCUACUGAUUGACAGAUGUCAAGGAACCGUUGGCGCCCCUAACGAACGAUACACAGACGUUUUUAGGGGACUCUAUGUCCCGUUUCUACAAUCGAAUUUCGCAGUCCCGAAUCUAAUUAAAACGAGCAAAACCCAUCCUAGACUGCCCUAGAAACACCUGUAUUGGAGGCUAUUCCUCAGUGGCCCCGGCUAUUUAACAUAGAUGGCUCGGACGCGCAAUAUUAUAAUGAUUGCGUCCUGCAUUAUUGGCAUAUUUUCCGAGCUACGUGCGUGGACGAGGGUCUACUAUGGGGAAUCAUCGGAAUAAAAAAAAAUAGCUGGCUCCUUUUAGCCGAUCAAAAUUGAGAAACUAGACUGAAGAGAUCCGGAAAUACUGGCUACCAUCCAAAUGGAUGAAAUAGCUACUAGGUCUUUCAAACUAGAUGCAUGUGGAGGACCUAAGCAAGCCUAUUUUUAAGCCUGGAGCGACGACUUGAAAAAAGUCCUAUACGAAAAGUCGAACCAUUUUAAUCUGCGAAAAAAAAUAUAUCAGAUUCUACGUCGAUCUACGACAAACAGCAGAAAAGUGUUUUUUUUCUUUUAAGUCUAAACUGAGCGGGUUAUCAUAAUAACUGUUUUGUUUCAUUGGUGCCUUUUUUCACUUCUGAACGACGGAAUCCACUUCGUAUUCGUUCAGUCGUCUUAUCCCAUAUUUAGCACAAAACAAUCGCACGUUUCUUUUUGAAAAGCCUCUUGUUACUUCUGGAAAGUUUUGUCUGAGAAUUUCACUGACAUGUUUGUACGUUUUAUUGUCUUCAAUGAGAUUCCUUAUUAAAGUAACAUUGCUUUCCAUAUAUUCCGCCAUAUUUGUCUCUUGACUAGUGGGUCAGGCAAUUCAAGCAAAACAAAUGGCGCCAAACGGUUGACAUCUGUCAAUCAGUAGGAUUUGAAACGGCUUUCAAAUAUAACUUGAAAACGCCAUUUAUUUUUAAAGGUUCCUUUUUCGCACUUACGAGAACAUCGCUUCCAACAGCAAAAAAGGUACCUUUUUUGCUCUUUUGAUAGGAACGUUUCGUAACCGCAAAAAAGGUACCUUUUUCGCGCUUUUGAAGAGAUCGCUUCACACUGGAAAAAAGGUACCUUUUUCGCGCUUUAAAGUUUUGUUUGGUAAAGUGAGAAAUGGAUGAAAAGCGGACAAUAUUGACGUUAAAAUAUUUCCACCCGAAAGCUUAAAAUACCCGCCUUUUUUUUCUAAAAAGGUACCUUUUUUUAACUUUUCACCUGAUCGACUAGCAUUAACAAAAAAGGUAACAAUUUUGCAUGUUGUUCUAUAAAAAAUAAAUGCAGAAAGUUAAUUUUUCUGCUCUUUUCAAGUAGCAGAGUUGAUCUUUUUGUAAAAAAGCAGAAUUGCCGGAACCUUUCACUGAUUACAGUUCGCGUCUUAUUUAAGACGCGUCUUAUGUAAGACUUGUCUUAUUUUUCCUCGUAUAAAUGGCCCUAAUCUUUUAGAAUUUAUCUCCAGAAUAAUUGGCCAACAUUUGACGAAUUGAACGAGUUGGAAUAAGCACGACAGACUUUGAAGCAGCGCGAAUUAAUUUUUGAAGUGAUGUUUUCGUAACCGUCGCCGUAGGCCUAGAUACAAAUAUCGGGAUAUUUUUGGGGUUAUUUGGAAGAUUUUGAGAUAUUUAGAAAAUCUCAUGAUAUUUACGAAAAAAAUGUGAUAUUUAGAAUUUUGUUGCGAAAAAAGUACUGAAAUCAUGUUUUUCUAGGAAGCUACUUCAAGGCAUUUCAGUGACAGAAAUUCAAACAAAUCUCCACAUAUGGACCUGUUGUAAUCAGAUUCAGCAAUAUUCUCCAUUUUAGACUGCAAAACAGUCGGUUUUUUUCUCAAAAUCAGAAAAGAAAUAGGUAAAGCUUGGCGUAAGAGUCUUACGCGCGCGAAGCGCGCGAGCCUCACACGCCCGUUACUUGACAGCUUGGUGACAACUUGUAUCGCAAUUUAGCCAAUGGGAAUUGCCCGUGGCUGGGAGAAGCGGGUAAUUCGAACGAAUAUAACGUAUGCAAAACGGACAGUCCGUAUUUUUAGCGUCUCUCCCCAGUCUCGCUCUCUGUUUUCAGCCUCGUUUGACUGCUCGCGCGUACUUGAAUACGCAAAAAUACGGACUGUUUUGCAGUCUAUCUCCAUUCAUAAUAUAUGCAAUGUCGCUAAUGUUCAACAAAAUGGCUGAAAGUUGUGUUGCCAUUGUAGAUGACCUGCUAUUUUUGUGUUUUUACUGUAAUAUAUAUGAAAUGAAGCCAGAUAUUUUUUAGAUAUUCAGAACAUUUUCGAGAUAUUUUAAUAGAAAUAAAGUUCGAGAUAUUUAGAAUUAAAAAAUUGGGAAUUUCCGGAAACAUAUUUAGGCGAUUUUUCGUGAUAUUUGUAUAUAGGCCUUCGUCGCCUUUGUUGCUGCUUAAGCUCCCAAUCUCGUACCCACACGCGACGAUUUUUAGUGCAACACAUCGUUGCAAUAUUGGACCAAUGCUGCAACCAUUCGAAACAAUGUGGCAACAAUGGUGCAACGCUGUGUUGCGCUAAAAAUCGUCGUUGCGAUUUGUCUCGAGUCAUGUAACAUCACCUUUAAGGUGAUGUUACACGGAACGAUUCGCAACGACGAUUUUUAGCGCAACACAGCGUUGCAAUAUUGGAGAGCAAUGUUGCAACCAUUCGAAACAAUGUGGCAACGAUGGUGCAACGCUGUGUUGCGCUAAAAAUCGUCGUUGCGAAUCGUCUCGUGUAUUUUAAACAUCACGUUUAGACCGUCGAUCUAACCACGUGACCAUUUUUCCGGGAAGUGGGAACCACCGGCGAGUGACUUCAGUGUGACUUCAAAGAAGCUUCGAAUGUUGAUCGGUUGGUAGUGAUCAGUGAUUCAUCAUUUUAUUACAGCUUUACCUAGCUUUGCAGUCGUUUUAAACUCAAGGAAGCGAAAAAACGUCAGCUCAUUUUGCAAAAAAUGGCAAAAGCGGCAUCUUUGGCGGACAGCUUAGGGAAGCAUUUGGAAUGUGCAGUGUGUCUUGAGCAGUACAAGGAACCUAAAGUUCUGCCCUGUCUUCACACUUUUUGCAAAAGGUGUCUACAAGGACUUUUGACUCGACAGGGAGCAAAGUGCAAGAUAAACUGUCCAACAUGCCGCUCAAGCGCUGAGGUUAGUUUAUUUGAAACAAAGCUUCUGCUGUUUUCAAAUUUCUACCGAUGUUGGUGACGCAAAAUUGUUUUUAAUAAGCUUAUGUUCAAGUCGAAAGAAUUACGAGCAAAACAAGUAAAAUGCAUUUUUGCUUCUCGGAUUGGAGGCAAAGUUUGCAUCCACAACUAAUGUUUUGAGUUUUACGUACAGUUCUAGAAACAAAGUUUUCUUGCCAUUGUUUCCGUCAGGGUUUCCGUUUAGCUGGGCUGCAACACAGUUCUUUGUUCACUCUCCCGUGUAAUGUCUAAGAAAAGAUCUUUUAUUGUUUCACUCACACCUCGAAACCAUACACUUAGGGCGGCUCAACACAGUUUUUUUUAUCCUUUUUACUUUGCAUGUGAGAAUCUUUAUCAUGAGAUUAUAUGCAACUAAUAAGCUUUUGAAGAAAAAGUGCGAGGACAUGCUAAUAAAAUACCAAAAGUCAUAUCGUGCGCGUGAUCACAGCGCGCUACUCAGCACAGAAAUAUGAAAUCCUUUUCAUAUUACACUUCAGUCAUUGAAAGCCUUAGCCUUGACCAUAGUUAAUUGAGUGGAAUGAUUAUGAAACCCGUCAGACUCCUUUGUUAUAUGUUUUUGUGGACCUGAAAGUGCACAACGUUCAAAAGAAUUCCUAUCAUUUUGAUUGUAUUGACCAAUAAAAACGUUGCAUUAACUUAUUCCGUAACAAUUUGCCAACAGAAAACAAAGGAUUGUGCACUUUCACGGUGCUUUGAACAUAAACUGCAGCACUGUUGUUCUUAUCAUUGAUGUUUCCGCUUUUCAUAACCAGUCUCCUCUAAUAACUAUGCCUUGACACAAUCAAGUUUCUCAUGAAAGCUACUUUUCCUAAAAUUUAAAAAAACUGUUACACUUUGGUUAAGUUUUUCUAAGCAAUGAACGUUACUAAUAAUAUUGCAAGCUGUGUGCAAAAUCAUAAAGAAAUUUAAUGACUCAGGCUCAAGCACAUUACCAUGGUAACAACCAAAAUCUUGCUUUUAACCUUAACCUCAGUUCAUGUCUUAUAAAUGUAUUUUGUCUGUGCCAAAUGUAAAAACAUUUAUACCUGUGACAAGUGUUAAAUAAAGCCUCAAUGAAUGGUAACAAUCCAGAACCUUUCACCUGCCUACCUCUACUCGCACAAGAUAUUAAUAGCUGAAGGCAUUAGGCAUUUGUUAGAGUAGUUUUUGAAAUCCACAUUCUUAUGAUUUAUUGUGUGCAGAUUCCUCAAGGAAAAAUUGAUUUGCUACCAGCCAAUUUCUUUGUCAACAACUUAUUAUCUGUGGUUGCUCUUCACGAAGAUUCCGGGGGUUCCUCUCUUGAAUGUGAUAACUGUGAAAGUGGCGAUGCACCAGUCAAUAGAUGUACAACUUGCUCACAUUUCCUUUGUGAGUUUUGCACUAUAUCUCAUCAACGAGGGCGUAACACCAGCUCUCACAGUUUGAUGACCCUGGAAGAAGCAAAAAAGAUGGGAUCAGCAGCUGUAACAAAGCCAGCAAUAUGCAAAGAACAUGAUGGAGAGGUGAUAAAAUUGUUUUGUGAGACAUGUGAGGAAGCUAUUUGUAGAGACUGCACCAUCGUCGAGCAUCGUGAUCACAAGUACACUUUUGUGAAGGAUGCCUUUGCAAAGGGCAAGGAAAGCCUGCUUAAAAUUCUGUCCGACACAGAAACAAAAGCAACUGCUCUCAAGGAGGCCAUAGAUGGUGUCUUGGAAAUGAAGGGAAAUGUAGAUUCUUAUGCAGAAGAGACUGUACAAGAAGUUGAUAAGUGUUUUAAGAAUCUGACAGUUUGCCUUAAUAAUCGUCGUGGCCAGCUGAUCUCAGAAAUUAGAAAAUUUAAUAAGCAAAAACUUAAAUCUUUAGAAAGUCAGCAAGAAAAACUGGAGACAGCUUUUGCAAAGGUACAAAGCAGCUUGGAUUUCACCAAAAAGGCACUUGAAAAUGGGAGUGAGGUUGAGAUCUUGAACAUGCAAAGGCAUGUUUCCAGUCGAUUGCAGGAUUUGAACUCUACCAAGUGGCAACUGGAGCCAUGUGUUAAUGAAGGCAUCAAAUUUACAGAUAACAAGCAAUUGGAACAUCAUAUUAACACAUUUGGAACUAUUACUGACAAGGCUUCUUUACCUUGUGCUUUUUUGGCAACAGUAACAAUGGAAAAUGGAGAGGAAGGUGUGAUGUACAAUACACUGUCUGGACAGCCAGUGAACUUUAUUAUCAAUGCAAAGGAACACACUGGGAGAAGGCAAAUGGUAACAAGUGAUGUCUUUAACGUGUUAAUAACCCCUGUUAACUCACAUUCCGGGAACACACCUGUGAAUCAGAAUGUACAAGACUGUGGAAAUGGUACAUACAGUUUUUGCCAUACUCCAACCCAAGCAGGCCAUUACAAGCUCUCUGUGCAGCUGAGGAAUGGUCAUGUCAAGGGAAGUCCAUUCACAUGGAUUGUUGAGAAGUGGACUCUCAUGACAUUUUCUCCAGAGAGCAGUGAAGGUCAAUUAGAAUUACUUGACGAAAAUAUGACAGCUCAGUACAAACAGGGACCCCCCAGAGGGAAGACUCGUCACCCUUUAUACUUUCGCAAUUCUUACUUUGACGGAGGAUCCUUCAGCUAUGCUGUGGGUUAUGUUGGUUUUAGUAGUGGGAAACAUUUCUGGAAGUUUCAGAUUCAUGGGGAGCUCUCGUUUGGCGUCAUCACUAGUAGAGGAAGCAGUCAUAGGAAAAUGUUGCUCACACAAAAUAGCAAGUGGCUGUGGAAUUCUAGAAAGAAGCAACAUCCAAUGUCAUAUUAUGGUGGCGACAUUGUUGAACUCUACUUAGACUGUGAGAAUGAGACAUUGAAGAUGCACAAUCCACGUACUGGACAAUCAGAUGCUUGGGAUGGAGUUAAAGGAGAAGUCUCACCUUUGUUUCAGAUGGCCAAAAAUGGAGAAAGGGUUUCUUUGAAGAUACAAAAUGUACAGCAAACAAGUGAAGCAUGGGCUACCAGAAGAGACAGAAAUAUGUAUAUGAACCAAAUGAUGUUUCAAAAACACCACUAA